GUGCGUAUUUAAGACCCUGGCGCGAGAUUCUUCAGUUGGAAAAGAAAAAAAAAACAAGCCUAGCGAGGAGUUUUGAUAAGAUUGUUCAAAGGAUUUCGGAAAGAAAAUGAAUUCGACUGGAGGCUUGAAGCAGCAGAGGUCCAAUGAGAACAUAAAGAGCUUUUUUGCACCAUCUCAAAGGGCAGUUGGGCAAUCGAGGCAAAGCCUGCAGGUCAUCCAGCCUUCAGCAGUCAACACAAGUUUUAAAUCUCUUCAGACGGGGAAGGCUAUUUCUAAGCGGAAACACUUUAUACUGGACCAGUCUAGAGGUCUUAAGAGGGUUAAAGUAGAAGUCAAAUCCACACAAACAGAAGAAGCUGAUUGUUUGCCAGAUGGCCUGUCCAAUGAAGCAUAUGAGCUUAUGGUCAAAGAAACUCCACCUUCUUCUUACUGGAAAGAGGUGGCAGAGGAACGGCGAAAGGCUCUGUACAAUGUCCUACAGGAGAAUGAGAAGUUGCACAAAGACAUUGAGGCCAGAGAUGAACAGAUUAGCAAGCUUCAGUCUGAAAACGAAGAGCUGCAGGAGCUGGCACAACAUGUGCAGUACAUGGCUGACAUGAUUGAGAGGCUGACGGGGAAGUGCCCAGAAAACCUGGAAGAAAUAAAGGACAUUGCUCUUGGUGUGGAAGAAGAGGAUGUGAAUGCCUAUGAGCAAGAUGAAGCGGACUACAGUGCUGGGGACACAUCAGACCUUGAAGAAGCAGAAGAUCAGGAUUAAAUUGACUGAAGGAGACAAGCUUUUCAUCAUUUGACAAGCUUUUCAUUGGUGGCUUUUUUUUUUUUUUGCACUCCUUAAUUUAACAUCCAGCGGACUUCUUUAAAAUGUUCUGAAUAUUUUUUUUUUUUUCUUCCCUGUGGGGUGGGGGGGUUAUUUUUCAACCACAACAUCCUGACUAACUUGGGUGGGGAUGUUUAGUCAGUUAAUUGGUUGUUAGUUUUACUGAGUGCUGGGCAGCUUUCACAGAAGAGAAGUCCUGAAGUCUUAAAAUGUUUUUUCAUAACCUGAUUUUAAAGUUUUAGAUCUGGUUAUUAUUGGAGCCAGUUUUUCAAGCUGCUAUAAUUGAUUUUGUACAUAAUCUGUACAAUAAAGGUU